CUCUCGCAACCCGCAACACGUUACACACCAGCCAGUUGUCACCAGACAGCCAAGCGAGAAAGACGCGGCCGCUCCGACCAGCGUGUUCUCACAAACUUUACGCGACUAACAAACAGUGCAAACUAAAACAUUUGAACCGAGUGUUGAGUUGCAAGUGUUGUGUGUUAGUGAUGACAUUUCCAUGGAAUCGUCGGCUCUCAUGUCUCCUGGACAAGCUCUGAUGUCAGAGGGGAUGGAACCGAGGGACCGACUCGUCGAGGAGAUAGUGCUCCUCACUUUAUUCCUUGUAUCGACGGCGGCCAACUUGCUACCACUUCUAGUGUUUUGCCGACGCCCUGCGCUAAGAACUAUUUCAAAUAGGUUCGUCAUCAACCUUCUGGCGACGAAUUUAUUGACGACCACUCUGCUCGCGCCAGCGCUCUUCGGCGAGCACUCGUCGAACAGCGACGCGGUGCUGUGGGUGGAGGCAGGAGACACAGUAGCGUCGGCGUGCAGCCUUGCAGCGCUGCUGGCAGUCAUGCUCAUCGCGCUGGACCAGCACCACGCCGUCACCGACCCGCUGCGUUGCCACACGCGCCUGCUGCAACGUCGUCCAGCCACCCUCUGCGCCGCCACUUGGCUUGCGGCUAUCUGCGCCGCGGUGAUCCGCGCUGCAGUUGCCAUCGUCCGGCAUUACUGUCCUUUUGGGGCCAGUCUGCAAGACAUACAACUUGCCUACUACGCGGUGUACUUAAUGCUGGGAGUAGUCACGCCGAUUGCCGUCGUAUGCAUCAUGUACGCAAGGAUAUACCGUGCGGCGCGCUCGUCAGGACUGCGAGCGCGAGCGCAUGGAGCCAGUGCUCUACAGCUGCAUGAAGCCCCGCCAAACCUGCCAGAUCUCGUCGAGGAGGGCGAGGGGCUCACGCUUAGAAUAGAUGCCGCCGAGAACGUCGCCUCGGGGGAGAAUGACGGCAAAUUUGGCCCGUUCCUGCUUCCGCCGGAGCGGCCGGUUCGUUGCCCCUCUGUCGCCAGUCUUCGUAAUUCGCGAAAAGAGGGCAAAUCCAACGAAGAUCUGAGGAAAGGCUUGCCGUCGGUGAGCUCGGCUCCGUCUCUCGCAGCCCCGCUUCUGACGGUACAACAGCGCUCAUCGCAGCCUUCGCAGAACGGAUCGCGGAUAACUUCGAUACGUUGUAGGAUCUCGAACGCUUCACUGUUCCGUUAUAGAGAAGAAUCUCGCGCCGCGCGCGUCGGCCUCUUGACGGGUGCGUUGGUGAUGCUUCACGUGCCACACGCUGUGAACGCCGUAGCGGCCGCCGCUGUGCCCGGCUUGGCAGACUGCGCGCGCACACCUGCACUAGCACUGCUGCUGCUUGCGUCAGCGGCCUCGCCAUUCCUAUUCGCGCUGCGCUCGCGCCGUGUUCAGCGUGAAGCGCGCAGAUUGCUGUUGCCUGAGAAGAGUGCGUGGGAGCGGACUUCAGGCUCGGCGUCAUCGGCGGCGGCAGACGGGCAUCGCGCACGCGCAGCGCUCGAUCUGUUGCGGACGCUAUCGCCAGGCAAUGGCGAAGCGACGGGUGCGACCGCCGAGUCGGGUACCUGCCGAGGCUCAUUCAGCUCUGGCGGGAGCACGCAGCUGUCGUCCGCGUCGGACGAGUGACCGCUGGCGGUGCGCGUGGUGGCGCACGCCCCGCAUGCAGGGCACGCCGCGCACGCCCCGCCCGGUCCCGCGCGGGUACGCUUCGCCCCGCGACCCACCGCUCUACUCAUCUGUGAUACUAGGCUAAGCCGCUCCGCGCUCGGCGCGACCGUUAGACUGAUUUAGUAUUAAGUUAAUUUAUUAUGUCCGUAUGUACCUUUCCGCUGAGCGGAUGACUUUUUAUUACCUGAGUAUUGUAUAUAAAAAAUUAAAUUCGUAUCGAAGUGAUUAA